ACCGACAAGUUUCCCCUUUCGAGAGAAAUCUUUCUACGGGUCUCGCCUCCCCAGACUGAACCCUUCGCCAGGGAACGCUGGCUCCGCCGUCUACAUCCACUGAGGAUGUUUUCAGCCUUUAUACGCCGAGUCAACGGCAUUAAGAAGCGCGUGCCGUUCUUAAACCAGCUACGCCUCAACUUCAUCUUCAUCCACUAUAUCUAUAUCAUCUCAUGGGGAAUUAUUGGGUCGAUCAUUCUCUACCCGGCCAAAAACAUCGACUACACUGAUGCUCUAUUCUUGUCGGUCGGUGCCGCCACUCAAAGUGGUCUAAACACUGUCAACUUGAACGAACUUCACACAUAUCAGCAGCUUGUUCUAUACUUUAUUACAUGCCUAUGUACACCAAUCUUUAUUCAUAGCGCCCUCGUCUUUAUUCGUCUCUACUGGUUUGAGAAGCGGUUUCAACAUGUUGUUCGGGAUGCGCGGGCGCUGCGAUCAACUCGCUCGCGUAUGGAUACGGUGACCCAGGAUAAGACCACUUCUGAUAUCAAUCGUGCGGAGCUGGGAGUUGGGGGUCGCGAGAUCGUGGUGCUCCGAAAUAAUUCGGGCGAUGCGCGCGAGAGUCGACUCCCCGAUCCUGCUGCGCUACAAGUUGACGCAUCAUCGGAUUCCGAGUCCCCUGGCGGGAACGGGAAGGAAGUGAUGGAACACCCAAUACCAGGAAACAUUGAAAAUGAAGUGACUCGAAAAUUUAGCCUCGGCAACUUGCGAGUCCCGACCCAACUGAGUCCCGAACAUCACAUCGCAUUCGUGGAAAACCAGCGAAGGAAUACGGGUGCAUUGCGUAUCCCUAGUCCGCGCGAGUACGAUCGCGGCGGGGUGCCAGAAGCUUUGGAGGAUGGCGAGGGUGACGGGGGAGACCAUGACCACGUCAAUGAGCCGGUCAGCCCACGAGCCAGAAGACAGAGCUCGGUCAUCUCCGAGAUUGACCAGGUCGGUCCUUUGGACGGCCCGCAUAUCACCAUCAACGAGCCUGAUUUCAAUCGCACUCGCACUCGGGGAAAUAAUACCUUUGGUCGCUUGGACACUCGCCCUACCAUGCGGGAUACCAUGACCAAGGAUAUCAACGACGGGGAUGAUGAUGCUGGGAUGGGACCCUCAACCAACAAGCAUUCAGUCCGUGGAAUCUGGCGAUCCAUCACCCAGGAGAAAGAGCGCUCCACCCAGCCGUAUCUCAGUUGGAAUGCUACUGUUGCCCGAAACUCGAACUUCGUUGAUCUGACAGAGGAACAACGUGAUGAGCUCGGUGGUAUUGAGUAUCGCGCACUUAAGACCCUGGCGGUCGUUUUGAUUUCUUACUAUGUUGGAUUCCAUCUGCUUGGUCUUCUCAGUAUGGUUGGAUGGAUCAUGACAGAAGAUAAAUGGGGUAAUGUUGUCAAAGCAGACGGUGUGGGCCGUCCCUGGUGGGGAAUCUUCACAGCUGCCUCUGCUUUUAACGAUCUCGGUUUCACCCUCACGCCUGAUUCAAUGUAUUCCUUUCAGACCGCCAUCUUCCCUCUUCUUCUGUUGGCAUUCUUGAUCAUCAUUGGUAAUACUGGAUUCCCUUGUAUGCUUCGCUUGAUGAUUUGGAUCUUGUCAAAAUUCGCACGUCAAGGAACUGCUCUCUGGGAAGAGCUGAAGUUCCUUUUGGAUCACCCUCGUCGAUGCUUUACUCUUCUCUUUCCGCGUAAUGCGACCUGGUGGCUUUUUGCGAUCCUUGUUGCAUUGAACGGAAUUGAUGUUAUAUUUUUCAUUAUUCUCGAUUUGAACGACUCCGCUGUCACACAGUUCGCACCAGGAAUUCGCGUCCUUGAUGGAUUCUUUCAAGCUGCCGCCACUCGAACUGCUGGAUUUGGAAUCAUCAGUCUUACUGAUCUCCAUCCCGCAAUCCAGGUGUCCUACCUUAUCAUGAUGUAUAUUUCCGUGUUCCCCAUCGCCAUUUCUAUGCGUCGCACCAACGUGUACGAAGAACGCAGUCUGGGCAUUUAUGGCAACGUCGACGAAGAUCACGAUGAGGAAAACCAGACCGCACCCAGUUACAUCGGAGCUCACUUGCGUCGUCAACUGAGUUUCGAUUUGUGGUAUGUUUUCCUCGGAGUGUUCAUCAUCGCCAUUGCCGAGGGUACCCGUCUCGAAAAUACAAGCGAAUACAACUUCCAAAUCUUCACCGUCUUGUUUGAAGUUGUCUCCGCCUACGGUACAGUCGGUUUAUCUUUCGGUUACCCUGGCGUUGAUACCUCCUUUUCGGGUCAGUUCAACGUGGUCUCGAAACUGGUGAUCAUUGCUAUGCAGAUCCGUGGACGUCACCGUGGUCUUCCUUACGCCCUGGAUCGUGCUGUCCUUCUACCCUCCGAUGCGCUGAACCGACACGAAGCGGAGGAUGAUGAGCGCCGCAUGCGCCGCCGUACCUCCAAUCUGAGCGGCGGCGCAUCUAUGGGCCGUCCAUCUCGUACUUUCUCUCGGUCUCGUGCAGAUGGUGUGGCUUCUGGUAUGGAAUCUCACGAUUGGCAGAAUCAGAACGGCGAAGCCCUCACGCAUCGUUCUGCGACAAUUCGCUCGAACAGGUAA